UCGUUCAGACUUCCAAUACUCUUCUCCUUCUCUCUUUCCACCUUCUGCUCUGCUCCACCACCUCCUCCUCUCUCUCAUAUCUAGAGGAAGUGUUAAAUUUGUCUUAUUUAUGCAAUAAGGACCACUUCCUCUCUCUAUAAAAACCUCAAACUCUCUCACUCUCCGAUCUCUCUCUCUCUCUCUUCGCUAACUCUUCCCCAGUCAGAAAUUGCAAUCUGCCAUCUCCAAGAUUCUAUGUUUUAACUUUGUCUUUUUAACAGUGAAGAAGAAGAAAUGCAGGAUCCAUCAGCUUAUUACCAGUCCAUGAUGGCGAAACAACUACAUCAGCAGCAGCAACAAUCGCAGUUUCCAGACCAAGAACAGCUAAAGUGUCCUCGCUGUGACUCACCGAACACUAAAUUCUGUUACUACAACAACUACAACCUGUCACAGCCCCGUCACUUUUGCAAAAGCUGCCGUCGUUACUGGACCAAAGGCGGCGCUCUCCGUAACGUCCCCGUCGGUGGCGGUACUCGCAAGAACGCAAAACGAUCCACCUCUUCCUCUACUUCUCCUUCCCAAAACAAGAAGGCCAAAACUCCCGAUCCGGAUCAUGAUCUACAAAACGGAACCAAACCGGAUACAGAUCCGACCCGGAUGCUGUACGGGUUUCCUAUCGGAGACCAAGACGUGAAAGGAGUGGAGAUGGGUGGUGGUGGGAGUUUUAGCUCGCUUUUGGCGUCGAAUAUGCAGUUGGGUCUUGGUGGGAUUAUGCUUGACGGGUCGGGUUGGGAUCCAGGUAUGGGGUUGGGCGUGGGUUUGAGGAGGAGCGAAACGGGUAACGGAGGAGGUGGUAACCCGUGGACCGAUCUGGCUAUGAACAGAGUGGAGAAAAAUUGAUGAUGAAGAAAAGGAAGGGUACUUUCGUAAAUUAUGGAGAUGCAAAACUGAUUUUAGAUGACUUGAGUCAUCACGUAGACAAUUAACAGGUUCGAUGUUAUGUCAUUUUCGUAUUAUAUUCCCCUCCUGUUACUACUCCCUUUUGUUAUUUUAUAUAAAAUCAGUUUGUUAAAAUUCUAAUCUCUUAUGUAAUAGAAGAAUUUCAGUUAUUUUUUCUGCGAAUUCUCAGUUGAUUGUCUUUUUGUUUUUUCUUUUUAAUAUGCACUACUCACAUACAAAAUGUAGUGAAACACUUGCGUUAGUGUUUCAAUAAAAAGAACACUUGCAUUAAUUCUAGAACAAGACUAUC